CACUCUCCAAACAGGCGGAGCGAGAAAUUGAGAGAGCGAGAGAAUCAUCGUUUUCAUGCUCUUUUGGCUUUCUCUCACGAGAGCAGCUAACUCAAUUCUCAGUGUUCUGUCAUUUUCUCUAUUGAACUUUCUCUGAUUUUCUCAGUUCUACUUCCGAACUCGCUUCUGAUGAUCGGUAUUUGAUUAGAAGGGUAAAGGAAGUAUUUGAAAUGUGUUUUAUCGUGGGGUUAUAGACAGCGUUUAUUUAGUGUAGAAGAUUGUUCUAAGAAGUUCCAGAGAUAUGGAUUUUGCAUGUAGUUUUCGGCAGCCCAAUGUUUUUCUUAAUGGUGAAGGCACAAGUUAUAAAACCUUGGAUCGAUUUGAUUCGCGCUUUAGGUUUCGAAGUCCAGGUUUUAAUAGCAACUCUAUUGGAAAUCCAAAGCUUAUUUCCAGAGCAUAUCCAAAUAAAAAGAUGAAGAAAAUGAUUGCCUUUAGUGGUUUCAAUUUGACCAGGGUUUUCAAGCAAGAAUUUGAGGGUAAGAAUUUAAGGAGAUCAUUGAUUUACGAUUUUAAUAUUGCUUUAAGUUGUUCAAGGGCUAAGUGUCAAAGCAAUGAUUCUUUAGCAUAUAUUGAUGGCAAUGGUAGAAAUGUAGAAUUUUUAGAAAGUCAUGAUGAGAGUUCAAUAGCUGGACCUGAUGAUGGUGACCAGUUGAAUAGGUUGGGAGAGGGAGAAGGAGAAGGGGAAGUAGUGGAAGCGCUGAGUUUGGAUGAAUUGAGGGAAGUGUUGCAGAAGGCUAUUAAAGAAUUGGAAGUUGCAAGUCUUAAUAGUACCAUGUUUGAGGAUAAGGCUCAGAAAAUAUCAGAAGCCGCCAUAGCCUUGCAGGAUGAAGCAGCAAUUGCUUGGAAUGAUGUUAAUUCUGUGCUUAAUACUAUUCAAGAAAUUGUAAAUGAAGAAUGUAUUGCCAAAGAAGCUGUUCAGAAAGCAACAAUGGCUCUUUCUUUAGCUGAAGCGAGGCUUCAGGUGGCUAAAGAAUCAUUGGAAGCUGCAAAAAUAGUGAGUAUUUCACCAGAAAUUUCUAGAGAGAGUGACUCAGAAGAUGAAAGCAGAAUGGAAGGGUUUAGUUCAUUAAGGAAAGAGGAAGAGGCAUUUUUAGUUGCCCAGGAAGAUAUUAGGCACUGUAAGGCAACUUUAUUGAGUUGUGAGGCAGAGCUGAGACGCUUGCAGUGUAGAAAGGAGGAGUUGCAGAAGGAAGUGGAUAAGUUGAAUGAAAAGGCAGAGAAAACACAGAUGGAUGCUUUGAAAGCAGAGGAGGAGGUGGCAAACAUAAUGCUUUUGGCAGAACAAGCUGUUGCUUUUGAACUCGAGGCUACGCAGCAUGUUAAUGAUGCAGAGAUUGCCAUACAGAAAGUAGAGAAGAGUCUCUCAAAUUCUCAGGUUGAAACCCCUGAAACUACUCAAGGACCAGUCUUCAGUGAUGAGACUCUUGUUGAGGAGGAAAAGGCAAGUCAAGGAAUUUCUGGUGAUGUUAGUGUUGAAAGAGAGAGAGAUAUGCCAACUGAAGGUGUUAGUUUUCUUAGCGAGUCUUUAUCAGAUAGCCAGCCUUUUGAAGAGUUGAAACAAUAUGAUGAUUUGAGUGAUCAAGAGAAUGGGAAAUUAAGUUUGGAGUCUCCUAAAGAAUCUGAAGCAGAAACAGAAAAAUCAAAGACUGGGGUUCAAACAAAAAAACAGGAAACACAGAAGGAUUUGACAAGGGACAGUUCAAUGUUAAAUGCUCCAAAAAUAUUAUUAAAGAAAUCUUCUCGGUUCUUUUCUGCAUCAUUCUUCUCUUUCACAGUAGAUGGGACAGAUCUCAUGGAGUCUGCUAGGAGGCAAUUGCCCAAGUUGGUUGUUGGAAUGUUGCUUCUCGGGGCUGGGGUCACCUUUUAUUCUAAUCGAGCAGAGAGGAGUUCUCUGGUGCUUCAUCAACCAGAUGUCAUUACCACUAGUAUUGAAGAAGUUUCCUCAAAUGCGAAGCCUCUGGUCCGACAGAUACGAAAACUGCCCAAGAGAAUUAAGAAACUAAUUGCUAUGCUUCCUCACCAAGAGAUGAAUGAGGAAGAAGCUUCCCUUUUUGACAUGUUAUGGUUACUGCUAGCAAGUGUUAUAUUUGUGCCUAUAUUCCAGAAAAUUCCUGGAGGCAGUCCUGUUCUUGGUUACUUGGCUGCUGGUAUCUUGAUUGGGCCUUAUGGUCUCUCUAUUAUUCGUCAUGUACAUGGGACCAAAGCGAUUGCAGAAUUUGGAGUUGUUUUCUUGCUAUUUAAUAUUGGUCUUGAGCUAUCUGUUGAAAGGCUGAGUUCCAUGAAGAAAUAUGUUUUUGGAUUGGGCACUGCUCAGGUUUUGGUGACGGCGGUGGUGGUUGGCUUGGUUACUCAUUUUAUAUCUGGGCAGCCUGGUCCUGCUGCAAUUGUUAUUGGGAAUGGCCUGGCAUUAUCCUCUACUGCUGUUGUCCUCCAGGUGCUGCAGGAGCGAGGGGAGAGCACCUCACGUCAUGGACGUGCUACAUUUUCUGUCUUGCUUUUCCAGGAUUUGGCUGUUGUGGUUCUUCUAAUCCUCAUACCUCUGAUUUCACCAAAUUCAUCUAAAGGAGGGAUUGGUUUUCAAGCCAUUGCUGAAGCUCUCGGACUGGCUGCUGUUAAGGCAUUAGUUGCCAUUGCUGCCAUAAUUGCUGGUGGACGCUUGCUACUUAGACCAAUUUAUAAGCAAAUUGGAAAUCAAAAUGCAGAGAUAUUUUCUGCCAAUACACUUCUUGUUAUCUUGGGGACUAGUCUCCUUACAGCCAGGGCAGGCCUUUCCAUGGCAUUGGGAGCAUUUUUGGCUGGUUUGCUUCUUGCAGAAACUGAAUUUUCCUUACAGGUUGAAUCAGAUAUUGCUCCAUAUCGUGGCCUUUUAUUGGGUCUCUUCUUCAUGACGGUGGGAAUGUCUAUUGAUCCAAAGCUUCUUAUUUCAAACUUUCCAGUUAUAAUGGGGACAUUAGGACUCUUAAUUGGUGGCAAGGCUUUAUUGGUUGCUUUAGUUGGCAAACUUUUUGGCAUUUCAAUCAUAUCUGCAAUAAGAGUUGGUCUUCUUCUUGCUCGGGGAGAAUUUGCUUUUGUGGCUUUUGGUGAAGCUGUUAAUCAGGGCAUAAUGUCUCCUCAGCUAUCAUCUUUGCUGUUUCUUGUGGUGGGCAUUUCUAUGGCCCUGACCCCAUGGUUAGCUGCUGGAGGACAAUUAAUUGCGUCUCGUUUUGAGCAGCAUGAUGUGCGAAGUUUGUUACCUGUUGAGAGUGAGACAGAUGAUUUGCAAGAUCAUAUUAUCAUUUGUGGAUUUGGACGUGUUGGACAGAUCAUUGCUCAGCUUCUCUCAGAACGACUAAUUCCAUUUGUUGCACUUGAUGUGAGGAGUGAUCGAGUUGCAAUGGGGCGUGCCCUCGACCUUCCUGUUUUUGGAGAUGCUGGUAGUCGAGAGGUUCUCCACAAAGUUGGUGCUGAAAGAGCAUGUGCUGCUGCAAUAACUCUAGAUACUCCUGGUGCAAACUAUAGAACUGUUUGGGCCCUGAGCAAGUAUUUUCAUGUGAAAACAUUUGUCCGUGCUCAUGAUGUUGAUCAUGGCCUUAAUUUGGAAAAGGCUGGGGCAACAGCGGUUGUUCCAGAGACCUUGGAACCAAGUCUGCAGUUAGCAGCUGCUGUUCUUGCACAGGCGAAAUUGCCCACAUCAGAGAUUGCAGCUACAAUCAACGAGUUCAGAUCCCGCCACCUCUCCGAGCUCACUGAGCUAUGUGAAGCAAGCGGAAGCUCCCUUGGCUAUGGAUUCUCUCGGAUCGCGAGUAAAUCCAAACCUCAUCCCCCUGAUUCUUCGGAUGAGAACCAGAUCACCGAGGGAACAUUAGCUGUAUGAAUCACACCAAAUUUUACCCAGGUAAAUCAAAGGAAGGAAUCAAAAAAAAAAAAAACUCAUAAAGAGUUGUAUAGCGGUUGCAUUUUUCUUUGGUAGAAACUGUACAUAAAAUCACCAAGAAAGAAGUGAAAAUGGAACUCUUCAUUGGUGAAAUUUUUGUUUCAUAAAAUUUUGAUAGACUUCUCCCUAUGAAAUUGCUGUUCAAAACGUUGCUUAAUCUCUUGUAGUUCUUCGUUAUUACCGUCAUAUUUUCCCUUUUUGGAGAGGAUUAUGAGAUCCGGUAGACUGCCUGCCAGCAUUUGGU